AUGGCUUCUGGCACGCCCCGCUCGUUCCCGACCAUCCAGCAUGUGCGCACCUUUGUAACACAGGGCCCCGGAAGCGGCGGAGACUACCACAAUGUCGCUGGCGGGCAUUGGCUCAUCGACAGCAAAAUCUCCACGCCCAUGAGCCAGUAUGAGGAGUACCGCAGGUCGAGAACCAGCUGGGGCAUCAACGUCCUUGGCUCCUUUUGCGUCGAGAUCGAGGCCAGCGAUGGCACCAAGGGCUUUGCUACGGGCUUCGGAGGACCGCCCGCCUGCUGGCUGGUCGCUGAGCAUUUCGAGCGCUUCUUGAUCGGCCAAGACCCCAGAGACACCAACCACAUGUUUGAGCAGAUGUACCGCGCGUCCAUGUUCUAUGGCCGCAAGGGUCUCCCCGUCGCCGUCAUCUCAGUCAUUGACCUUGCCAUCUGGGAUCUGCUCGGUCACAUUCGGAACGAGCCUGUGUACAAGAUGCUUGGUGGGGCAACCCGUGAGAGGCUCAACUUUUACUGCACCGGCCCAGAACCGGCGGCAGCAAAGGAGAUGGGCUUCUUCGGUGCAAAGGUGCCGCUGCCGUACGGCCCCGGCGAGGGUGCCGAGGGCCUGAAGAAGAACGUAGAGUUCCUCACCAAGCACCGCGAGAGCGUUGGCCCCGACUUCCCUCUGAUGGUCGACUGCUACAUGAGCUUGAACGUGCCGUACACAAUCGAGGUGGUCAAGGCAACCGAGCACCUCAACCUGAACUGGUGGGAGGAAUGCCUGUCGCCAGAUGAUUCGGAUGGCUUCGAGCAGAUCAAGCGUGCCCAUCCUCGCAUGAAGUUCACCACCGGCGAACACGAGUACUCGCGCUAUGGCUUCAGGAAGCUCAUCGAGGGCCGCAACUUGGAUAUCCUGCAGCCAGACGUCAUGUGGGUUGGCGGCAUGACUGAGCUCAUCAAGAUCUCGGCCAUGGCGGCGGCGUACGACAUCCCCGUGGUUCCUCAUGCUAGCGGCCCAUACUCUUACCACUUUGUCGUGUCCCAAGCCAACUCGCCUUUCCAAGAGUAUUUGGCAAACUCGCCUGACGGCAAGUCCGUCCUGCCUGUUUUUGGCAAUCUCUUUACCAACGAGCCCAUCCCGACCAAGGGCUAUCUCGACGUCAAGACGCUCGACCGCCCCGGCUUCGGCCUCGAGCUGAACCCAAAUGCUGGAUUGAUUGACGCCACCCGCAUCCUCAACCCGGCUCCACAAAAAGCGCUGAAGCCCGCUGAGCAGGAGACGCCCAGCGAGGCCAACGGCCAUUCUUCUGCAAUUGUUGCUCCCAUCAUCCCAAUUACCCCGCCACAGCCCCGCAUCACCAUGGAGGCCAUCAAGGACACUGUCAACAGCGCGCUCGAGAAGCUCCACAUUGGUGGCGGAGCUGCCCAGGGCACGCCGGCAAAGGAGCCUUCAGAGGCCGAGUUCAACGAGCUCAAGGCCAAGUACGAGAAGGCUGGCCAGGCCCAAGUCUUUGCUUUCUAUGACAAGCUCUCCACCGCCGAGAAGGCCGCUCUCUACGGACAGCUGAGCAACUUCAACCCCGACUACAUCAACGAGAUCACCGAACGCGCUCUCCACCCGCCACAAACCGAAACGACCGAGAACAAGAUCGAGCCCCUCCCUGAGAAUGCCACAUCUUCCGUCCUCGACUCCUCGCAGGGGGACCUCGACCAAUGGUACAACAGCGGUCUUGAGUUCAUCGCCAAGAACCAGGUCGCCGUCGUGCUGAUGGCUGGUGGCCAGGGCACCCGUCUGGGCAGCUCAGCUCCCAAGGGAUGCUUCGACAUUGGUCUUCCAAGCCAGAAGAGCUUGUUUCAACUGCAGGGCGAGCGCAUCAGGAAGGCAGAGAUGCUGGCUGCAAAGAAGCACAACAAGGAGGACGUGACCAUCCCAUGGUACGUCAUGACCAGCGGCCCUACCCGGGGACCUACCGCCGAGUUCUUCGAGAAGCACAGCUACUUUGGACUGAAGAAGGAGAAUGUCAUCAUCUUCGAGCAGGGUGUGCUGCCGUGCAUUUCGAACGAGGGCAAGAUCCUCCUGGAGAGCAAGUCAAAGGUCGCUGUCGCCCCUGAUGGCAACGGUGGUCUCUACCAAGCCCUCAUUCAAUCCGGUGUUGUCGCCGACAUGGGCAAGCGUGGAAUCCAGCACAUCCACGCCUACUGCGUCGACAACUGCCUUGUCAAGGUCGCUGACCCUGUUUUCAUUGGCUUCUCUGCGUCCAAGAACGUCGACAUUGCCACCAAGGUGGUGCGUAAGCGCAACGCCAAAGAAUCUGUGGGUCUCAUUCUCCAGAAGAACGGCAAGCCCGAUGUCGUUGAAUACUCGGAAAUCUCAGCCGAAGAUGCAGAGGCCAAGGACUCCAAGGACUCCAACCUGCUCAAGUUCCGUGCUGCCAACAUUGUCAACCACUACUACUCGUACAAGUUCCUCGAAAGCAUCCCAGAAUGGGCCAAGAAGCUGCCCCACCACAUUGCUCGCAAGAAGAUUCCCUAUGUCAACACAGAGACUGGCGAGACUGUCAAGCCCGACAAGCCCAAUGGCAUCAAGCUGGAGCAGUUUGUCUUUGACUGCUUCCCCUUCCUGACGCUGGACAAGUUUGCGUGCAUGGAAGUCAAGCGCGAGGACGAGUUCUCGCCGCUGAAGAAUGCGCGCGGAACCGGUGAGGAUGACCCUGAUACCAGCAAGCAGGAUAUUAUGGCGCAGGGCAAGAAGUGGGUGCAAGCCGCCGGUGCCACAGUUGUCAGCGAGGACCCCAAGGACGGCAUCGAAGUGUCGCCGUUGAUCUCUUACGGCGGCGAAGGGCUCGAAUUUCUCAAGACGAGGACGGUCAAGGCUCCCGCCGUCAUCGAGUCGGAGGACUAGAGGGGACGCACGACUCGGCACCAUGUCGGUCAGCGCAUUGGCCCCUGUACUGGUCGCGGUUGCGAAGAUCCAGUUCCCACUAGCAGGCAGGUUGCAAGCUUAGAUAGAGACGAAUGUAUAUGAAUGUUACGGCC